AUGAGAUCGUCUAAACUGGAGAAUGACUUUAUGAAUAGAGACAAUCGGGACCGUAGCUCUACUAUGAACUCGAUUGACAGUCUCAAUAUCAACUCAAUUGAAAAUACUAAAAUGUACAAAACUCACACCGAUCAAGAUGAUAUAAAAGAACUAAUUAAUGAAACCCCUGCAAAUACCAAAAGUCCUACUUGGCUAUUAAGUGAUAUCCUACAAUCAUUUAGUAGUAUAAGAGAUAAAGAUGAAUACCAGAUCGUCUCAAAAGGAAAUGAACUAGUAUCAAUCCUCAUAAAACAUCCCCAUUUAAAGAACGAUAUAAUCCUCAAGAACUUUUUAAAUAAAAUUCAAUUCAUGCUUUACCACGAUGUAUCAGAAGUUAGAGCUGUGGGCUAUCGUAUUAUACGAUACAUUAUAUCUGAUUACGAAUCUUUAACAAUCUUAAUUCAAUCAAAGAUCUUAAUAUUUAUAAUAAUAUCCUUGUCCACGAAUUCCUCGUUGCUAGAAAAAGAGCAGGCCCUUAAGUUAAUCAGAGAAUUUUUGAACAUCCCGAAGGGAACAGAUAAUCUAUCUAUUGGUGUUAUUAAAAGUCUCAUAGCGAUAAUUGAGAUUAAUGAGCCGAUGACUAAUAUAACUGAAAACUUCAAGAAAAUAUGCAUCGAAACAAUUUGUGAGAUAGCAUUAUUGAGGCCCGAGUUAGUUUUUCACAGUAGUGGGUUCAAUGUUAUCAUUGAAACUGUAAUCGAAGAUGAUUCAGUCGAGCUAUCUGGUAAUUGCCUCCUUGUUCUUAUAAAAGUGCUAGACUCAGAGAAUACUCGAAAAUUCUUAAGAAAUGGCCAUGAUUUGAACUCAUUGGUAUCAGCAUUCUCGAACAUUGAUCCAAGUGAAGAGGACAGAAAUAUUCCUAGUUUCAAAUUACAAAAGGCUGCUUUCCUGCUCUCAAUUAUAUUGAAGAACUGGAACGGUUUAAUGAGCUUUUCUCAUAAUAAUUUUGAAUGUAUUAAAGAUUUAAUAUGUAAUUUAAAGAAGAAAAGCCCUAAAUUACGAGAUAUAAUUAUGGAAAUUUUACUAGACUUGUUAAGAAUCGAAAUGUUUCCUUGGUUAAAGUCGUCUAGCAUCGGUGAUGUAAUCCAUAGCUUUAAUAAUUAUGGCAACAAUUCUAACUUUACCUUUGAGUACGACGAAAUAAGCCCCGAAAGCUUUGAGUUUAACAUUAUAAACCACUAUUUGGGUUUAAUUAUAGCUAUUUUAAUUAACCAUGGUAUUAUCGAUCUCUUGAUUGAAGUCAUCGAAGAAAAUUCAAAUGAAUCGAAUACGAAAAAGGCAACAAAACUAGUCACCCAUAUAUACUCAAUGGCUAAUAAUUUUCUUCCUGAUGAAUUGCUUCACGACAAACUUUUAUUAUCAUCUUUGCGUAAGGAAUACCUGGAACUUUCGUCAACCUUUAAGAUUUGGCAGUCGACCCGAAAAUCAAAUCAAUUAACUCAGGCUUCGGGGUUCGAUCCUUCAAAUCAAUCAUCGAAGAAAUUAAGGUUGUAUAUCAAGAAUGUUAGCAUAGGCUCAAGGUACAACAUAGAUGACCUAGAAUUUAAAAAUAUGGUUACUAACAUCAGAAUUUUAACCAUCAAAGAGUUCGAGGAUUGGAAUUGGAAUCUAUUAUUCAGCUUUAUCCAGGGCCCUUUACGGAAUCCUAGAAGAUUCGAUGAAAUUCUAGAAAAGAAUCCUAAAUUCUUAAAGAGAUUGAUGUCAUUUUAUAGACCCUUUAAGUUUCGGUUCUGCAAUAUGCCAAUUACUCACAAAAAUUUCAAAAUGUAUAUAAAUAUUGGUUGUCAGUUAUUGGAAACCUAUUUGACUUUAAACCAUGGUAUAAAAUAUUUAUCGUCUAACAAAUUGUUGCCACAAUUAUCAGAAAUAUUUGCACAAGUGGAUCCAUAUAGUGGGAUUGUUGCAAAAGAACCCAUCUUGUCUAAAAAGAGACUUGAAAAUACAUUAAGCAUUGGUUACCUCAAAUUUAUUGGUAUCUUAUCAGCAAAUACUUAUGGUCUCAAAAUGUUAGAACAAUGGCAGUUCAUUAACUUGUUCCAUAAUAUAAUAGAGGGAAGUCGAGAUUCCGAGUCUAAUAAUUAUUUAAUAAUAAAUCUAUUGAACAGCUUAGACUUCACUAUCGAUAGUCAAUUGAGAAUUGUUUUAUCAAAAGCAAUUUGUAUAUCCAAUUUAAAGGUACGCAAUUUUAUUAUUGACAGCAUAAUUUCGAAAUUGAUAAAAGUCAAGGAAUGUGAACACUUUGUUAUCAAGUUAUUAGUGAACCAGAUAUAUGACAUUGAUCUGGAAAUUUCAGAUAAAUCAAUUAAUUUAUUAUACGAAUGUUAUUUGAGUAAUGAUAUUAAUAUUUUAAAUCUUAUCAUACGCUUGAGACCUUCAAUAGUAAUUUUAUCGAAACAUGCAAGCGGGAAGAUGUUAUUGAUGAAUUUUAUGAAAACAUCAAUAGGUUUCAAGUUCUUGGAGGAUUCAGGGUUUAUCGAUGCAGAGUUUGAUAAAUGGAUAAAUCUAAUCGGGUAUGAAUAUGUCAGAAAGAUUGAACUUUUGUUGCAAAGGAGGUUUUUCCCAUAUGUAUCCUCUAUAAGCCCCGACGAGAAACUUCCAGUUCAUUUCUUCAAUUAUUUGUUACAAACAGAAGAAGGUUUAAUGUAUUUCCAAACUCUUAAGCAAAGAAAUUAUUUAGAGAACUUGAUUUCAAAUAUUGAGCUGAUUUCGUCGAAGAUAGCUGAAGCUAACAAUGAUGAAAUAUCCGUAGACGACUGGGACGAAGAAGAAGAUCAAAGCAAGCUAAUAUAUAAGCUAAAACAAAACUUGUGGAUUAUUGGGAGUAUAGCAUCGGCAAAGUACGGAAUUCAAUUAUUGGAUACAGCUUACACCAACAUGGAUAAGUCAGUUGUUUCAAUGAUUCUAAAUUUGUUCUAUAAUUCACCCAGUUGGCAAAUAAGAGGGAUUUCUUUCUAUGUAAUUGGAAGCAUUGCAUCGACUAUUGAAGGGAUUGAGAUUUUAGAUGAAUUGAAUUGGUAUUCAGUUCUAGAUAAGUAUAACAACCCAAUGAAAUUAAGUUACCCUAAAGAUCUUUAUUCUAAGGAUAUCUUCAACAUUGAAAUUAAUAAUCCGUAUCGAGAUAUUAAAUACUAUUCAUUAUUUAGUGGAGGUGAUGAGAAUUUGGAAACUGGUAAGUUAUUUGGUGAUAUUGAGGAUGAAGAGUUUUUCGAUCAUGAAAAGAUUUAUGAAAAGAUUUUGAACCUCGUAAAACAUUCAAGCUCUGUAUUGAAUAGGAUAGCCAGGAAGGCAACCAAACAAUUAACGUUCAUUAAGAAAAAUUCUCCUUCAGUGUUUGAGAAUAUAAGUCUUUUUUUGAAAAUAAUUAAAUUAGUUGAUAGAGGAAGUUAUAAAUUUAGCAUUAGAAUGUUUAUAUUCGAACUAUUUUUAGACACUAAGGUUUUAGAGAAUCUAGUGAAAAAGGAUAGAAAGAAUAUUAAUAUCAAAUAA